UGAUUGGUGGAGAGCCAACCUGGAGGUCCCACUGCUGCUGCAGAUCUCUGAGUCACAGUUUAACCUUUAACACACACACACACACACACACACACACACACACACACACACACACACACACACACACACACACACAGAGCUGUCAGUGUGUGUGUGGACGUCCUCAGGUCGCCUCACAGAAACUUGGAAAAGGUUUGCAGGUGUCCUGAGCGCAGAGGUGUGUGUGUGUGUGUGUGUGUGUGUGUGUGUGUGUGUGUGUGCGUGUGUGUGUUGCGGCUGCAGAGGUGCAUUGUGGGAGGUGUGUGGCGCUCGCUCCUGUGUUUGUGUUGAGCUGCGGAGGAAAAGUUUGUCUGAAAGUUUGGAACGAGCCGCUGCUGCUACUCCAGUCCAGCUGUCAUGUUAUCCUUGGCCGCCCGCUUGCUGUGUCUCAGGGUCUCUGGUUGCUGUGGAGGGAGUCGCUCCAUGGCAACCGUUGUCUCUGGCAACAAGACGUCCAAGCUGGUGCGUGAGCGGCUGCAGGGCGACGUGCUCAGGAUGCAGGUCCAGGCUCCAGGCUUCAGACCGGGCCUGGUGGUGCUGCAGGUGGGAGACAGAGACGACUCCAACCUGUACAUCAGCAGCAAGAUGAGAGCUGCUGCUGAGAUUGGGAUCGACGCCCGUCACGUGCGGCUGCCCAGAUCAGCGACUGAGGCCGAGGUUCUGCGCAGCGUCCAGGCCGUCAACCAGAACCCGGCGGUCCACGGGCUGAUCGUGCAGCUCCCUCUGGACGCCGCAGAACCCAUCGACACGCAGAACGUCAUCGACGCCAUCGCCCCCGCCAAGGACGUGGACGGGCUGACCAGUGUAAAUGCAGGCCGGCUGUCCCGUGGUGAGCUGGCUGGCUGUCUCCUCCCCUGCACGCCGAGCGGCUGCAUGGAGCUCAUCAGACAGACGGGUGUGUCGGUGGCGGGGAAACACGCGGUUGUGAUUGGUCGCAGUAAGAUCGUGGGGGCGCCGAUGCGCGACCUGCUGCUGUGGAGCCACGCCACGGUGACCAGCUGCCACUCCAGGACCCACGACCUACCUGAGCAGGUCAGCCGGGCCGACAUCCUGGUGGCGGCAGCGGGGAAGGCGGAGCUUGUGAGAGGGGAGUGGCUGAAGGAGGGAGCGCUGGUGAUCGACUGCGGCAUCAACCACGUGGCAGACGAGACGAAGCCCAGCGGGAAGCGACUCGUCGGGGACGUCCACUAUGCCUCGGCCAAUCAGAGAGCAGGAUACAUCACGCCGGUCCCUGGGGGGGUGGGGCCGAUGACGGUGGCCAUGCUGAUGGAGAACACGGUGCAGAGUGCCUGGCGGGUCCUGCAGCAGAGCCAGGCCGGGCGCUGAGGUCCAGGACAGAUGGACAGAUGAACGGACAGAUGGACGGAUUGAUGGGCAGGGUUAGGGAUGGAGGGGUUCCUGGUAGAACCCUGAGUCCCGUCCUCGCUGGCUCCGCCCCCGACACGCCUCCUCAUUAACA